AUCAUGAAUUUUUUGCAAAUAAUAGACAUUUAUUCCGUGAACAUUUGCUUAUCGUUAUGUAUGCUAAAGAAUAUUAUCCAUUAGGAAUGGGUGCGGAUCAGCGAAGACGUUCCGAAAAAUUCCGUAAAAGAAUAAUUUUUAAUCCGAAACAACGACAAAUUGGUGUAGAUAUAGGAACUUUAAACCAGCAAGUACAUGAAAACCAUCUUAAAAGAAUAAAAAAUGCUGUAUAUGAGAAAACUCUUGCUGAAGAAGCAAGAAAAAAUGAUGCAUUAGCGUUAUCAAUUGAACAGCAGAAAAAACAAUCUAUGCGAGAUCAGUGCAAGCAGAUUGAUGAAUUCCGUUUAUCCGUCCAAAGGCCUGAAAACAGUAGAGAUUUUGAUUUGUUUGACCCAAAUCUAAAGAAGAAAGAACGGCCCCCAAGAAUUUCUCGAUAUGAUAUUUGUCCAGUUUCUGGAAUUCAAAGACUUGACGGGGAAGAUUUGGACUAUGAUUCUCGUAUGAAGAAACAAAAGCAACAAGUCCAUGAUGUCUUACUUCAGCAAAUACUGGAACAGCGGAUGCAAAGAAUAAAUUUACAGAAAGCAGAUCAUGAUUGGGAAUCGUCAAUAUUAGAACAAGAUAAUUAUGCCUGGAAGUUACACUUAUCGGAAAUGGAUGACCGUAGAAAUGCAUCUUCUCAUCUUGCAGAUGAUAAUAAGAAAUUGGUAUUCUUCUUUUUCCUCAGCACUGAAUUAGCAUGGCAAAAACAAGAAAGUAAUAGACAACAAAAAAUAAAAGAUGAGUAUGAAAAUAGGAAAGACAUUGAAUUCCAUUAUUAUGGAGAUAUGCUAACUGAGAAUCCAUCUGUUGCCAAACACCCUCACCAAUCAAAUCGUAUCCUGACAGAUCGGUGGAAAGGAAUGACCAAAGAACAAUUACAAGAUAUUUAUAGAGGUCAAGUUUAUCAGAUGGAGAAUAAUUUAUUUAGGAAAGAACGAGAGCAGCUGAAGAAAAAAGAGUGGGAUGAAUUUAUCCUUGGGCAACAAAAAAGAUUUCAAUUGCUUGAUGCCGCAGAAAAAAGAACAACUCAAGAAUUUUGUAAGAGAUUGGAAUUACGGAACCAAGAAAUAGCUCAGCAACAAAAACAAUAUAGAGACUACUUCAACAAAGUAAUUAACAGCAAUAUUCCAUCCGAACGAUAUUUCACACAAUUUAACACUAGUGCACGCUGAAAGAACUGAAAAGCAAUAUUCAUUGUUUAAGUUUGUGAGCAGACAAGAGCUUCUAAACAUCUUUACUAGUAUGUAUCAAACAUAUAGUUUCUAUUUAUAUUCAUCUUCAAAUUGUUUAUUUCGUAGAUUGUGAAGUAUAAAAUACAAAUAUAAAUUCCUAUGAGAAUAUCAAAAAGUGUCAUAGACUUGAUCAAGAAACUAAAGCUUUUUCAGUUUACGGGCAGAGGCGGCGUCAGCAGGUGGGCAAUGAGAGUUUCGUCGGCAAAAAUCUUCACUUCAAUAUGGUUGUGGAGAGCUGCACAUUCUCGAAUAUAAUAAUUUAAAAACUACCUUAAAGUUAAUAUGCUGCAAACAGUGAAAUAUCCAAGUAACGGUUAAAGCAGUUUAUCUAUUUAUUUUUUUUUUUGACAGAAUAAUCAAUUUUUGAUCAGCCGACAAUGAACGCAAUGUAAUGGAUGUCGAAGAAGUUAAAUAUCCAUAUUUUAAGGCUUUUGAUUGAAGUAUAGUUCAUCAAACUUAUAAUUUGCAUUACUUUUGGCAGUGUAUCAGACAAGAUAAAUAAGAUAUCGCAUUCUGCCGACAAUUUCUGGACGGCCGACUGCGAACUAACUGCGAUGGAAGUCUGCAGAUUUUUAAACAUCUGAUUUAAAUAUCGUUCAUUCAGUUUGAAUUUGUAUUAUGUUUUGCAUUAUAACCGAUCAAGUGACAGAUGAAUGAGAUAUCGCUUUUUGCCAAAAAUUUUUAAUCGGUCGACUAAGAACUCAAUGCGAUGAAUGCCGACGAUGUUCAGUCCACAGAAUUUUAGACAUCUGAUUUAAAUGUUGUUCAUUCAGCUUAUAAUUUGCACUAUAUUUAGCAGAACAAUCAGUAAGCUGACAAACGAAUAAGACGCCGCAUUUUUUCCGACUUAUAUUUGUCUUUCGGUUAAGUUGUUACCAAGGUUAGGAGAAAAGAAUUGUUUUCAUCGACUAUUUCAAUUACUUAAUGUGGCAUUGGGGAAAUAUACUUUUAUAUUAAUACCAUACAUAAAUAGGGAGAUAGAGUUGUUUUCCCUAAUUCAGAAUUCAAUGAAUAAUAGUUCUAAAAUUAAUCAUAAUUUUUUCAACUAAUUGUUACUUCCUCGGUAACGAAUUGAUAAAUUAUUUUAUUUAUUUCAUUGCGAGAUUUCUCAGACUAAAAUCUAUUUAAUGGGUAGAUAAAAUUUAAUAAAAUACUAUUUUCUCAUGACACUCUUGUGAAAUAUGCAUGCUAAGAAGUUAUUUUGCUGCAGCCAAAUUAUAUUAAUUCAUUAUAAAUCACAGGAAUAAGUAAAUUCUAUAACUAUGAAUUAAGUUUAUUUAACAUCAAAAUAUCUGUUUUUGCAAUCUAAUUUGCAGGCUGCAAUUAUUACACUAAAGAAAUAUUAACGACUUCAACUGGCGACAAAAAAUAAAUAUAUGUGGUAUGGUAGCUUUUCAGCUAUACUAAAAGAGCUUAUCCAUCUACGCACUAAAUUUAUUAAAUAAUAUACUACCUAAAUUCUUCAGAUUCUGCAUUCAGGAUUGCAACUAUCUUAUCAGGA